CCAGCGGCGCGGAGGAUAAAAGAAAAGAGCGGGCGGGAGGGAGAGCCGCUACUGGUUGUGUGGGCGGCGGCUGGAGACUAGGAGCAGGAACGGCGCUGCCAGACCAAGCUGUCCGGACCCCUGUGGUAAGGCAGACGGAGCACUGAAGGCAAAGGCAGGGCGGACGGGUGCAGUGAGGGCAGUUGAGGAGGACCCCGGAGACUGCUGGGAGAUAACGUGGUAUCAGCAGAGGAGUGUCCGGCAGAAGAGACAACCCUCACCCAGCUGAGAAGAUUGUUUAGUCAACCCCAUAAACAAAAGGGAUCAACUACAUUCUAUGUUAGGACAAAUGGACAAGAGCAGUGAGACUCCAGGACGUAUGUUAAGGAGAGAAGGGAAAGUAAAAGCAGCACAGGCUGUGCUUGAUGGUAUCGAUGAACGCGCUACCAGGGAACGUGCUGUGAAGAAAAUUCUUCUCACCGCUGCCAAUUCAUAUGAGAAACCCUCGAAGUUUGGGCAUGCAAAAGAAUGUUUGUGGGGACAACCAGACAAAAGUUAUCAAUCUCCAGGACGUGUGUCAGAGAGGGCAGAGAAGGUAGAUGCAGCACAGACUUUGCAUGAUGUCAUUGACGAACGUGGCACUAGGGAACGUGCAAUAAAGAAAGGUCUUCUCACCAUAGCCAGUUUAUAUGAGUCUGGGCAUGCAAAAGAAUGUUUGUGGGGACAAUUGGAUAAAAGUUGCCAAUCUCCAAGACGUGUGUCAGAGAAAGCAGGGAAAUUACAUGGAGCACGGGCUUUGCAUGGUGCUUUUGAGGAACAUGCAGUCAAAGAGCUUCCUUCAGUAACCAGCUUGUGUGAGAAACUCUCAAAGACCGAAGAUGUGAAUGAAUGUUUGUCGGGACACUUGGACAACAGCUAUGAGUCUCCAGAAAAUGUGCCAGAAAGAGAAGGGAAAGUAGAUGGAGCACAGGCUUUGCAGAACCGUCCUUUUAAGAUUCGUGUUAUCAAGAAACGUGUUGUCGAGAACCGUGUCAUCAAGAACUGUGUUAUCAGGAAACGUGUUAUCAAGAAAUAUGUUAUCAAUGAAGAUCUUCCCCCAGUGUCCAGCUUGUGUGAGAAACUCUCAAAGUCUGAAGAUGUGAAAGAAUGUUUGUCUGUAAAAAUGGACGAUAACUAUGAGCCUUCAGAAUGUGUGUCAGAUAGAGAAGGGAAAGCAGAUGGAGCACAGGCUUUGCAUGGUGCUACCAAGGAACAUGUUCCUAGAGAAGACCUUCCCUCAGUAAACAACUUGCAUGAGAAACACUCAAAGUCUGGACAUGCAGAAGAAUCUUUGUCGGGAAAAAUGGGCCAUAGCUGUGAAUCUCCGGAACGCUGGUCAGUUAGAGAAGGGAAAGUACGGGGAGACCAGUCUUUGCAUGCUGCUACCAAGGAACAUUUUACCAGAGAUCUUCCCUCAGUAACCAGCUUGCAUGAGAAACACUCAAAGUCUGGACAUGCAGAAGACUGUUUGGAGGGAAAAAUGGACAAUAACUGCGAGUCUCCGGAACGCAUGUCAGAUAGAGAAGGGAAAGUACGGGGAGACCAGGCUUUGCUUGGUGCGAUCAGGAAACGUGUUACCAAGGAAAGUCUUCCCUCAGCAUCCAGCUUGCGUGAGAAGCUCUCAAAGUCUGACAUUAUGAAAGUAUUUUUGUCUGGAAAAAUAGACAAUAGCUAUGUGCUUCCGGAACGCUUGUCAGAUAGAGAAGGGAAAGUACAGGGAGACCAGACUUUGCAUGGUGCUACCAAGGGACAUGAUCACAGAGAAGGUCUUCCCUCAGUAUCUAACUUGCAUCAGAAACACUCAAAGUCUGGACAUGCCAAAGAAUGUCUGUGUGGACAACCGGACAGAAACGAGAGAGAAGAGAAAGUAGAUGGAGCACAGGCUUUGCGUGGUGCUAUCAGUAAAGUUGUUACCAAGGAAGUUUUUCCCUCAGUAUCCAGCUUGCAUGAGAAAUUCUCAAAGUCUGACAAAGUGAAAGAGUAUACGUGGGGACACGUGGAUGAAAGCUGUGACGCUCCAGAUCAUGCAUCAGAGAGAGAAGGGAACGUACGUGGAGACCAGGCUUUGCAUGGUGCUAUCAGGAAACGUGUCACCAAGGAAGGUCUUCCCUCAGCAGCCAGCUUGCACGAGACACCCUUGGAGCCUGGAAAUAAAACAUCAUAUCUGCCUGAUACGCCGCAGCUUCUGGAUAUGAUAAAUAAGGCUCAAAUCCAAUAUUGUGAGUGUAGUAAACACCACCCGGGCGUUACUGUAUCGGGUGACAGCCAGGAAGUCAUGAUCACUCUGCAGAGAGACCCUCCAGAUGUAUCCAGCAAGAUACUUACGGUUCUUUGUCUGUUGGUGUGCUUAGCUGUGUUAUUAUUUAUACGUUUCCAGUUUCUAUUAUGUCCAUACCUGGAUCCAGACUAACAGGGGGAUAAUAUUGUGUUACAUUGUUAUGUAAAUCAACAAUUCAGUUUGUCUUGUUUAAUAACAAUAAAAUUGUAUAGUAUAGAGAA